AGAUUAACCGUUAUAUCCCGCCUCCUUCUCUCUCUCCAUCUUCGUUUUCGCUGUCCCUCAUCUUUCUCUCUCUUCCAUUCCCCCAUCUCCCCCUCUCUCUCUCCUCUUCAAUUGCUGAUAAUUGGGGGAUCACACAAAAAAAAUCAAAAUCAAGUCAAGAGAGUCAGGCAAAUGGAAAGAGAAAGGGAUUUCUCUUUCCAAAUUUCAUGAUUGUUAUCACUUGAAAUGUUUGUUUGUUUGUCUCCAUUUGUCGACUUGGCCUCAAGAAUCCUAUGUCGUGUGCCCUAACCCUAAUGUGAAUCUGGAAUUCCUGCCUCGGUUUCGAAGAAUCAAUCGACGUUGGGACCAAAUCCCUGGGUCCCCUCCCCGUUGAUUCGUGAAAUCUUCGAGGCUCCGUUGGAUUUUCAAUCCCUAAUUUUUCAAAUUAGGAUUCUGUGAUUGCCCCCAAUUUCUCCCCCAUUUCAGAUUUGAAUAAAUUUCCUUUUUUUUGUUUUUUUUCCCCUUCUUCUUUUGGGUUGAUUUGUGGCGUUCGAAUUGAAUCCGAAUGCAAGGAGAGCGUCAAGGAGCCGCCUUUGAAGAAAUUGUGCAUUUGUAUGGAUUCUCCAUUGUUGACUUUGGUCGUUGCUAUUUUCUUCGGAUUUUUCAGCCUCAUUGUUGAAUCUCAAGGAAAUGUGAAGCCCCCACCGCCGCCAUUUUAUCCUCCUCCCCCAUCUCCGCGGCCGCCUCCCCCAUCCCCAUCCCCGCCGCCUCCACCCCGAUCCUCGCCUCCGCCGCCAAAAUCUCCACCUCCGCGUCAACCACCACCGCCUCCAUCCCCUUCACGACCACCACCACCUCCUUCCUCUCCACGCCCACCACCACCUCCUUCCUCUCCACGCCCACCACCACCUCCUUCCUCUCCACGCCCACCUCCGCCGCCACGAAAACGCCUGAACCCGCCCCCUCCACCGUGGCGCCGCGAUCAUGAGCAACACCGCAGGCGUUCGAGCCCUCCACCACCGAAGAGAGAGAAGCUCAACACGGGGAAGAAAGUCGGGCUGAUGUUCAUUGGAGUUGCCGCGAUCUUGCAAGUUUGCGUCGUCUCGUUCGUGUUGAUCAGUAGAAGGCAACUUUUGAAGGCUGAAACUGUUGAUUGAAUGGAUAAGAAGUCUGCAAUAGCGAUUUUUUGUUCAAUAGCAGGAUUUUUUUGUUCAUGAUUUGAUUUUUUCUUCGUGGAGCGUUACUGAUCUGGGUGGAUUAAGAUUCUUUAUUUAUGGAUUGAGAGAGAAUGGGACUGAAUUGAUGGAACUUUGGUGUCUGCAUUGUAAAUGGGUAACUCUUUUUUUUUCUUUUUUUCUUUUGGCAUUCGGUUUCUUACUCGUUUAUUCCUUUUUGCAAGAAAUUGUAUAGUUUAUCAGAUCAUAAUUUUACUGAGCCAUUCGUUCCAUUCAUUUUUGGCCCUCUUUUCCUUGACAUUAUACAGUAAAUAUAUUGCAAGUGGUGUUAUCUUGCAGUCA